AUGACCAUGGCCAUGUCCGCAACCUCGACUGUCAGCGCCGCCAUGAGCACCGGCAGCUCUCAUAGCAUGAGUGGCAUGGGUGAUAUGGGUGGCAUGGGUGGCAUGGACGGCAUGCACUCGUCUUCCUGCAAGAUCUCGAUGUUGUGGAACUGGUACACCAUCGAUUCCUGCUUCCUCUCCAGCCAAUGGCACAUCACCUCCCGCGGCAUGUUCGCCGGCUCCUGCAUCGGGGUCAUCUGCCUCGUCAUCUGCCUCGAGUUCCUCCGCCGCGUCGGCCGCGAGUACGACGCCUUCAUUGUCCACCGCGCCCGCCUGAGAAAACAGUACCUCUCCACAACCGCCUCGUCCCAAGGCCUGACCGCCGCCGAGGACGCUCCCGAACCUACCCCCGGCGUCGAAGGCGCAGCAUCCAAAGCCGCAGCGCAGACGAUCUGCAGCGCCUUCGAGGACAAGACGCCCGUCCGCCCCACGCUGAUCGAGCAGCUGGUGCGUGCCCUGCUGCAUAUGCUGCAGUUCGCGGUGGCGUACUUUGUCAUGUUGCUUGCCAUGUACUUCAACGGGUACAUCAUUAUCUGUAUCUUCAUCGGGGCGUUCCUGGGUUCCUUUAUCUUCUCCUGGGAGCCUUUGAAUCUGCAGAAGGAGAAUGAUGCUACAACGGUCACCAAAUGCUGCGGAUAG